AUGCAUGCCGUCGGAUUUUUCACUUUGUUGCUGCUGGGGCUGUGCCAAUGUCAAGAGGAGAUCGUGAGGAACGACUUCGAAGGACCAAAUGAGGACGGCUCUUACAAGUUCGCUUAUCAGACACAGGGUGGCAUCUACCACGAGCAACGUGGUUCACUACAGGGCCAAGAACCGGCGUUGGUGGUCGAGGGUCAAUACCAGUACACGGCGCCCGACGGACAGGUGAUAAACGUGAUCUACAGAGCAGACGAAAACGGUUUCCAAGCGACGGGUGACCACCUCCCUACUCCACCGCCCAUCCCGCCAGCGAUACAGCGCGCCCUCGACUAUUUGAAGAGUCUACCGCCGUCGGAGAAUGACUAUUAGAUCUAUAUUGAGAUUAUUGAGGCUUCCCUACAUGGUGAUAUUAAGAUUUUUUUUACAAGAUUGUUCAGUAUUUUGAUCCAUUUCGUGACCCAGCCGCGUUAAGUGCUACUUCAACUAUGGCGCUCGUAUAUAUUUUUAUUGUAUGUUUCUAAUGUAAAUGUGAAUGUUACAAAUUAUUAUAAUUUAUUUAAAUAUUAGUGCAAUAUUCAGUGAUAUAUGUACAUAAAAACGAGAUUACUAUUUACUUACUUAUAUACAUUUUAGAUAUUUUUCAGAUAGCUUGUAUAUUUUCAUUGCAG